UUCCAUGUAAAAUAAUAACGAGAGAGUUCGUUUUGUGUGUGUGUGUGUUUUUCCAACCAGUUUAAUGAUAGUUUGUGAGUUUGUUUUCGUGAUAUAAUGCGGAUAUUGUUCGGGGGGGCUUUUGCGCGGUUGAAAAAGUUGGGCGUCUAACUUUGAAUCGUUGCCACAUUCCUUUGAUGGACGCACUUAAUGCAUGCAAACUUUUUUUUUUUUUACUAUCCUGCUGUCACUAAACGUGGCGCAAUCGGACCGGUCUGUCUGGUUCGAGCGUCUUUUUUUACAGUCUGUACAUUGUCGCGUGAACGUAACACAAGCGAGGAGACUUGUUUUCGUGCUCCAAACAGAAAUCCAAGACAAACUACAGUACUAAUGGCGGAGGCUGAACUUGAACGCAGGGCUGUUGUGUUUAGUUCAGGCCCUGAGUCGCUUGCUGUGGGGCCCCCCAAGUUACUACGCAGCGAAAGCAAGCGUCCUUGAACGCAGCAUCGAUGUAGAAUAUCAACAUGAGUAUUAUUUUUUUCCUCUUAAAAACUUGGAAUUUGGUUGAUUUAUUCUCAUAUUGUGGUAUGGUUGAAAAAAUGUAAAAUAGAUCCUUAGAAAAUUAGAAAUGGGGGUAAUUUUUUUACACCUAUUCCAUAUAUUGUUCUAUUUUUUUCUUUAUUUUUUCAACCUUGUAGUUUAUGUUAAAAUAUUUCAGCAGCGGACUCAUUGAGUGUAUGCAAUAUCCUUUAUGAGUAGAGUAAUAACCAUGUAAUUAAUUAAUGUAAUUAAUUUUAAAAAGAUCAAGGCAAAGAGGUUGACAGUACUUUUUUUCUAUCUACAUUUGCGCCGCCUUCUGGUGAGAGUGCCAUGUGUCAACUCGAUAGCUUCUUUAUGACCACAACAUGCACACGGAGAAGGAAAUUCAUCGCAGCCAAUCAUAGCAAUCGGCAGUUGCCGUGGAAAUAUGCCUCCUCAUCGCUGUCGUAAUCAACGUGCUGUGAUUUUAUUAGCUUUGCUUUGGCAUCUUUCUCUUUUUGUCUCUAACAAAAACGAGAAAAGUUCAAUAUUCGAUUGGGUUCAAAUCUUAGAUGGAAAAAAACCUGCUUCAAAACACACAAGACAGUCUAUAACAGUGAUUCCCAAACCCGUGUGCGGGGGUACAUUAGUGUGCCGUGAGCGCUCUUCAGGUGUGCUGUGGGAAGUUAUCCAAUUUUAUGUAAUUGCUAAAAAAAAACAUUUCAAAGAAAUAAUGUCUCUUUAUUCAUCUAUUUAUGCCAGUGAGGCAAAAUGACAGACAGAACAAAAAAAUGCUCUUCUAUUAGAUGGCAGGAAGUACAUACAGUAAUUAUUCGAUCCGUUUUUGUUGACAUUUACUUUUGUUGGUGUGCCGUGGGAUUUUUCAAUUGUAAAAUAUGUGCCUUGGCUCUAUAAACGUUGGAAAUCACUGGUCUAUAAUGAUAUAAUAAGUCUAUAAUGUGCCUCCCACAUCUGAAAAACAUCCAUGGCAGGUUAAUUGAAGAGUAAAUUGCUCAUAGGUGUGAAUGUGAGUGCGAGUGGUUUUUCAUUUAUAUGUGCCCUUUGUCUGGUGACCAGCUGAGGGUGCACCCAGCCUCAUGCCCAAAAGACAGCUGGGAUAGGCUCCAGAAACCCCACGACCCUACUAAGGAUAAGCAGUGUGUAAAAGGAAUCAAUAAAAUACAACCUAUUUUUUUUUAAAAAAGAAGAUAGAAGAAGAAAAGGCCCCCAAAGUUUUGAACAAUAGCAUAUGUAUUAGUGCUGCAGCUAUGAAAUAUUUUUUGGAAUCGAUUAUGGUACCAAUUAGCCCAUCAACAAGUGGAAAAAUAAAAAAAGAUGCAGAUAUUAUUAUUGUCCACCGGGGGUCAACAAUUUAACAUUCUAUUAUCUGUGACUUUGAGUGUGUAUGGCUUUAAAAAAGAAAAGAAAGAGUGUGCAGUCGGCUGGAGUGAUCUCUGGUUGAGGGCUGGCUGUUACCUGGCCAACCGUUUACCGGUUCGUGUGUCAAAAUAUUCAGUUUUCACAGCACGGCCAUGACUGCAAAUGGGUGUGUUCAAUUUACACGCCAUGCAGGUGACGUCCUGCUCAACUUCAACCGUCUCCGUAGCAGGAAUAUCCUGACCGACGUCACCAUUCAAGUGGACGGACAGCAUUUUUACGCUCACAAGGCCAUUUUGGUGGCCUGCAGCGGUUUCUUUUAUUCGGUCUUCAUGAACCCUGAGAACACAAACCUGAGUGUCAUCAGCUUAGACCCCAAAAUCGAUCCCAAGAGUUUUUCAAACCUCCUGGACUUCAUGUACACGUCCUGUCUGAACCUGACGGACAGCAUGCUGGCGGGCACCAUGAACGCUGCCCUGUACCUCCAGAUGGAGCACGUAGCCGACACCUGCCACAGGUUCAUCAAGUCCAGGCCAUCUUUGAAUGUGCACGAAGAAGUCCAGGCGGGCAUGUUACCGCUGGCUGACCAACUCCCCACAUUGAGGCCCAUUCAUGGAACAGAGUUGGAUGUCACAAACCGAUACACAGCCACUUCGCCCCCUGUUCAGGAGUGCAGGGGUUACAGUGUUUUCCGGGGUAUCAACACCUCCGGCUCAUAUCACGUGUAUGGCGAUCACCACAUCCCUGCUGGCAAGCCACAAGGUUCCCAACGGAUCGGGAUGCCUCCCAGAGCUUCUUCGCUGUCGCAGAACCCCUUUAUACAAGUCCCCAGCACCAGCGUGCCUCUCAAGGAGUCCUCGCCCGUAAUCAGCCACCCGGGUUUCCACCCCAACUUUAUUCGACCGGCACCCGCCACCCAUAUGGAGGAAGACAGCAUCCAGCACCCUCUUACCAACUGCCGAGGAUCAUCUCAAAGUUUUGGGAAAGGCGUGAUUUGCAGCCCUCAGAGUCCCCUCAGAUCUGACUGCCAGCCCAACUCGCCCACCGAGUCGAGCAGCAGUAGAAAUGCGACCCUCAGUCUCAAACAGCCCGCUGACUGCCCCAAAGAAGCCAAGGUCCGAAACUGGAAGAAGUACAAAUUCAUUGUGAUGAACCAAACCCCUCUGAACGAGGAAACUGAUGCUCCCAGAGGCAAUUCCGAGAGCGAAUCCCCUUCGCUUAGUCCCUGCAGGAGCGGCGGCGAACAGAGAGAACCCCAAAUGGAAGAAGCUGCCAGUGAACAGAGAGAAGAAAAUCCUCUGACUCUUGACAGCCACCGCAAAUGUUCCUCCUGUGGCUGCGAUAGCCCUCAACAAGUGGACACCACUCAUCUCUUUCCCAACUCUUACUGCAGAGAGUCCAAGUUCUUUCCGUCAAGCAGUGAGGGCUUCCCGGAUGAAGAUUCGCCCAAAGACCACACGGGCCAGGUCCACAGAAAGAAGCCAUACAAGUGCGACUGUUGCCAGGCUGCCUUCCGGUACAAGGGCAACCUGGCCAGCCACAAGACUGUUCACACAGGUGCAAAGCCAUACUGUUGCAACAUCUGCGGUGCUCAAUUUAACCGGCCGGCUAAUCUGAAGACGCACACUCGCAUCCACUCUGGGGAGAAGCCAUACAAGUGUGACACGUGUGGUUCCAGAUUUGUCCAGGUGGCCCACCUUCGCGCCCACGUGUUAAUUCACACAGGAGAAAAGCCAUACCCUUGUGAAAUCUGUGGGACUCACUUUCGCCACCUCCAGACCCUGAAGAGUCACAUGCGCAUUCAUACCGGAGAGAAGCCUUAUCAUUGCGAGAAGUGUGACCUCCACUUCAGACACAAGAGUCAGCUGAGGCUUCAUCUCCGACAGAAGCACGGCGCCAUCACGAACACCAAAGCGCAGUACCGCCCCGCAACCGAUAGCCUGCCCUGCUGACUGCAGAGCCUCCGUUGUUUCUCCUUCCCACCCUCUACGUCGGCCAAUGUAUUGUAAAAACACUUUUUUUUUUUUUUUUUUGUUUUGCAAUCCAAAGAACCAUAUUUUGCCAACGUUUGACUAUUUCAAGUAUUUCAGCGUUUUUAUUUGACCACCUCAAACAACUGAAUGUACAUUUUGGACUGUGAAUUUCAACACAUGGUUUUUCUUGGUAGCCCAAUUUCACCGCUGAAUGGCAGGAUGCUUUUCAACACAAAAUUACUGUUACACUUUGCUCCAGUAUUGGUACGAGUUUGCCCACCAACGUCAUCAUUUAUAUUUUGUAUAUAAGAUUGCCAUCUGCUGGCAGAGCAUGAACAUGUUGCCCAUUAUGAGCUUUACUGAAGGACAGUGACAAAAAAAUGCUCAUUAUUGUCACCUCUGGUACUUAUUUUUAUGUGUACAGUUUUUUUUUUUGUAUGUACAGUAUAAUCUUUUCAUAAGCCAUUAAUGGUACUUUGCACACAUAAUUGCUGUUAUUCAGAAUGUUUUCAUGAUUUCCCCCCUAAUUUUAUUAAUGUUAAAAUGUUCUUUAAAGCAUGUGCCCUGUCUUUGAUGCAGUCAAAAAAAAAAAAUAUUUAUAUUCAGCCUUGCCAUAUGGUCCCGAUUGUGGUGCUGAAGUGUUUUCUGAACAAACAGUACACUUUUGACCAUACUUUGUAUUAUUGUGCCUUAUAUUCAAACGUUUUAUUGACUUUUUUAUGCAAAUGCUCUGUACAUGAAUGCUUUUUGUUAGUUGUUCACUGUAUGCCGCUCUUAAAAAUGCAGACAAGCUAAAACAUGCUCAGGAAUAUUGCCUAUAUUUAAUCACAUCUUUGUAACUGCAGAAUACAUAAUAUAUAUUUAUAUUUAUGGAAUAGAAAUAAACAUGCA